AUGGCAUGGGCCGCGGAAUGGGCAGGUCCGCCCGGCGGUGCCAAGGGAGGCAAACCUGCGGCUGCGGGCUGGGGCAAGCCUUCCGCGGCACCGCAGUUCGUGCCGCCGCCGGGCGGCAAGGGCGGCGCCAAGGGCCCCGGCGCUCCAGGUAAGGGCUGGCAAGGUGGCUGGGGCGGCAAGCCUGAAGCCGCCGAGUGGGAGGAGGAGCCGCCUGGCAUCAAGGGCUGCGGCGCUGGCUGGAAGGGCGGACAGCUGGGGCCGCCGGCCGGCCAGGGCGGCGCUGCUGGGUGGCAGGCCGGAGGGAAGGCUGCUGGCGGGCGGCCCAGCGGCGGCGCGGGGUGGCAGGCUCCGCCCAGCGGCGGCCGUGAUGGCUGGAAGGGCGGCAAGCAAGCCUCAAAUUCCUGGGGCGGCCAGCAGGGCGGCCAGGACGAGGAACUUCUCUGGGAAGCUGUCAGCGCGGCGGUCAAGCCCAUCCUCCACAUGGAGAACGAGCUCGACGAGAGCAAGCUGGAGAAGAGGAUCCGCGACGCCUUCAAGAAGGGCGCCAAGGGACUAUCCUUCGGUGCCAGGCCCUGGCACGCGCUCGUCGAGGAGUACGCGGACAGCGUGAUGGGGUCCAUCUUCAACAGCUGCGGCGACAAGGGUUGGCUGCUGCACAUCGACCUCCUCCUGUGCAUGGAUGCCGGCAUCAAGGAUCAUUUCCCGCCGCAGUCCCUGCGCGGCGUCCCCCCAGCGGACUUCGAGCAGUGUGUGCUGGCGGCGUACGAGAAAGCGUUCGAGGAGCAACGCGUCGGGCCCAUCAUUUGGGACCUUGUGACCGCGAGCGUAGAGGGCCCGAAGAGCAAGAAGAAGGUGUUCAAUGCGUGCGAGGCGGCCUUCAAAGAGUCCCGCAUCCCGGGCGGGGCGUACCCGAACGGUGUACAAGAUUUCGUUGCGCAGUUUGUUGACCGGUCCAUUGCACUCCUGGCUGAAGAAACCCAAGGCGAGCCGCAGUGGGUCUUGGACCCGAAGGACGCGCGGGCGUUCUUCAGCGCUCUCGUGGACGGCGGAGUGGUGCCGUUCCCUCUCGUGCAGGAGCACGGUCCGCCACCGUCGGGGGACCCCUUCUUGGCGUGGUGCGUCCAGGAGGCCUACAACCGGCACGCAGUGAAUCCCGAUGGUAGCCCAUUCGGAAGCAAGGGCAAAGGUGGAAAGGGCGGCACUUCUUGGGCCAGCAAGAAAGCCAAGCCUAAACCGAAGCCGCUGAACCCUCUCUUCGAGGGGCUCCCGAACGGGAUAUGCAGGGAUUUCUUGCUGGACAAGUGCGAGAGGGGAGACGGCUGCCGAUUCACGCACGACGAGGAAGCCAAGGCCGAGGUGGCGCUUAGACAAGCCAUGGCGGAGGCUGAGAAGGGCGAGCAGGGCGGGGUCGAGGAGGCCGAGGACUCCGCGUUGGAGGGGCUCGAGCCCGACGCGAAGAAGCUGAAGACCGGGGACUUUUCCUGGCACGCGCCCAAGCCCGAUGCGAGCGAUGGUCACUGGCCCUGGCCUGCCAUUCGUGCCCACGAGUGGGAGCUGGUCCGAGCCACCGGCGCUACGGCGUCACUGAUCGGCCCUUCUGAUUGCUCGGUGGACGCGUGUCCCGUGCGAGGCCAAGGAGCGAGCGGCGGAGUUCGGAGUUGGUUGCGCAUCGGGGACAGGUGCUGUGCUCGGUGCUGCUGCAUUUGUCUCAAGGCCUACGAGUACAUCUCGUGGCGGCUCCCGGCGGGACGCCGCCUCUUCUUGAAGCUCGUGCUAGUCUCGAUCAUGCUCCCACUCUGUGCUCAGGUGAGCGCGGGCAGCGUGAACGACGACAUCCAGCGGCAAAAGCAGGCGAGCAGCGCUUGGUGGCUGGCCGUGUUAGGCAUGCUGUUCGCAUUCGGGCCUUGCGCCGAGCGAGAGGCUGACGUGGGUAAAAUUGGUCAGCAAGGCGGAGCCGCCAUGCUCGGCGGCCGCGGCGCCCAGUGCGAUCGAGGAGGACCUCCUCUGCCUUGCGGCCGACGCCGCUCCCGUGGGCUCGCCGCCGGCGGCGACCGUGCUGCCCCUGGCGGCGCCAGCGCCGCCCGCGGGUGCCUGCCUGGCGGAGCACGCGAGGAUGAGCACAGGCUCAAGAAGAUCCCGGGGCGACAGCACCACGAGCCGCCUAGCGGGUUGACGGCGGCUGCUGGUUGCGGUGCGGGCUUGUUGUUGGAAUUAGGUCCCCUCGCCCUGGAGAUUGGCAGAGCCCUCGAAGUAUCACCGGCCGCGCCACAGAUCUUCAACAUGAGCGACGCAGAGUCACUUCCAGCGGAUAGUUCGGAGUUGAAUGAGAUGUUCAGCUUUGUGCAUAAGGAUCCCAUCUUGUUCCCUGCGUUGACCAAGAAGUAUUUGUCCGAGAACAUCCCCGAGGCGAAGGAUCCAUUCGCGUUCGUUGCCGACCACAUGUGGCAACAGUGA